AUGUCGCUGUUGAGAGCGGUGCAGAGAGUGCAAAAUGCCGCUGCAAAGCCCAGUGGACUGUGCCACCAGUACUUGCAGGCCUAUGCAGAGCACAAGGGGACUCCAUCCCUUGGUGAGAUUGCUGUCGUUCUGGAUCACCUGCGGAAGGACAGGCAAACCCUCCUGAAGGAGACGAAGGAUCGGAGAAGCACGGCCAGGUCACAAAAAGCAUUGCGCAGCUGGGUGGUGGAGUGCGAGAAGCACGAAGGCUAUGUGAAGCUUCGGGACCACAUUUUCGAGCAAGGGGAGGAGCUCUCGACCACUUCUCCGACGCUCCUCUCGCGAAUCUACAACAACAUCCGAAGGAUUAACAUGCAUGGCGAUGCCGAGCGCUUGUGGCCUUUCGUUGACAAACAAAUCGCUAAAGGCAAGAUGGAGAUGCCGGACCUGCUCCGAGUCUGGAGUGCGGUGCCACGAGAAAAGCUGCAUGCUCUGGACUCCAAGCUUGCCAAGGCACUGCGGUCUGCCCCAAAGGUGGAUGAGAUGCCACUGCAGUCAGCGCUUUCUCGGGCGGAGGAGCUGGCCUCAAACUCGCAGGUGCUGCAGGUCUCUGCAAGGUUGGCGACCAAGCGGCUGGAGGACUUCACUUCGGAAAGCUUGUCAAAACUUCUUCCGCUUCUGCACAAGGCUUUGCAGAAGGGCGCCCAAUUCGACCCGAUUGUCUUGACGCAUAUGAAGCAAGAGCUUGUCAAGCGAGGGGGUACUUUGGAGACACCUGCAAUAUGCGCCCUCCUGCCCGUCAUUGACACCGUCGAAGACGACCUGUGGAAACUCCUCAGGGGCCAAUUGGAGACCAAAGGCCGAGAUCUGUCGUUGCAGAAUAUCCUGGAUCUGCUGGAGUUCCUCCGUCGUGCUGCUGCGAGCAGGAAGAAAGGUGAACAAAGGCUCACCGGCUUCCUGGUACUGAGAAUGAAGUCGAUCUUGUCAACCGGCUUUCCCGAUCCGCAGCAAGUGGCUGCAGUCACCAGGAGAUUGGAGGUCGUGUCUUCCUAUGAACCGAUCUGUAUGGCUCUGUUGAAUGCGGGCAUUAACAUGCGACAGGACCUGUAUCCCACGGUGCUGUGGAACUUGUUCACCCAAGCAGGCGAGCAAGGUCUUGGCGGACUCCACUCAAAUCUCAAGCCGCGGUUUGAGCGGAUCGGCGAAAUCCUGGAAUCGCACGGUGUCCAAAAGGAUAGAAUGCCGAUGAAGGAGAUGCUGAUGGCCGCACGUGCGAUGAGGGCAAACGGCGUGACCAUGAGUCAUUGUGCACAGCAGAUCUCCGAGCAUUUCCUGGAUCUCCUCCGUAAAGCUGAAGCGAACGCAACGGCGGCCACCCACGACGCCGCAGGCGCCACGUCGGAGCCUGGUCCUGGCGAGGCUGACGAGGGCGAGGCGGGCGAGGCGGCUGAGAAGGCUGCGGGCGAGGAACAUUCGCAGGUGGAGGCGGUGCAGGAAACCCUGGAGGCCGUGGAGUCUGACGCGCAUGCCCUGCUUCUUGCAUCUCCAUCGGAGCUCCUAGCUAAGGUGCAACGGUUCGUGCUGCUUCUUCUGGCUGAGCUCCAGCGGCAGGGGCUCGCUUCAGCAGAGCUGAAGAGGGCAGCAGUGAGCAUCUGCAGAGAGGAAGCUGGCAACCUCGAAACAAGGGCGAUCAUGGAAUGCUUUGCCGAGUUCGCGGCGACGAAGGAUGAAGAGGUUUGCAGCGAACUGUGCACACUGCUAUCGCAGCACCUUCGAAAACGGCUUUCCUCAAUCAAGCCCGACGACCUGUUUAAGCUCACAGAGGUCCAUCCUGAGCUGCUGUCCGUGGCAUUCGAGGAGAUUGAACUGAGGCUUGCGGAGCAAAGGCUGAGCGUUUCAGCGGGUCUUGCCAGCUUUCUGCGGCGCAUGCUGGAAUCGGUUGGGGCCGACAACGUGGACAUGUUGAAGUCGCUUACGAACAAGGUUGUGCCUUUGAUGACUGACACCGCCAGACGCAAUGCUUGCGAUGAUCCUGUGACGUACAUGGGUGUCCUUCAGGCCGCCUGUACAUGUGUGGGCAUUCUGGGUCUUGAAGGUUCUUCCUUAAGCCAGCCUAUUCGACGGGGGCUCCGCGACUUCUCAUCCGAAGUACCUGGCUGGAAACCUGUCGACACCGUCGAGCUUGUUUUCGCCAUUGCAUCAGCUUACGGCGGAAAGCUACCCUUUGACAUCCUAGCCUACGCUUGGCAGCUGGCUGGGCGAGAUGUGGCAAGAUCUCAUGAGGAAAGCCUGACAACAGAUCCAAAGCUAUGGGCGUUCGUGCUGUGCGCGCAGUACCUCUCGUCAAAGACCGUCCUCGCCUCCUUGCGGCUUGCACCACACGCGCCAGCCUUGGAUACGUCUUUCGCUUUCUCCAAGGAGGAGGACGUCCAGCUGCCCUCCUUUUCUUUCGCAAAGGAUCUGGAAAGCGAGGCACUGGUAAGAGGACUGCGUCUUGCCCUUCCUGCAGCACUUCCAUCAGAAGAUGUAGCAGAACUUUUCCAGGUGCGUGGCACGCCCUAUGUGGCCGACUUCGCCUUUGAACGGCUUCAGACCCUGCUCGUCGUACCCAGAAAAGAGCACAUGACAGCCGAGAGAGGGAAGCAGCUCAGUGGUUUUGGGCGCCUCAUGGAGUCGACCCUGGAGGCGAUGGGAUGGCGAACAUGCUGGGCCUGGCCGGAGGAUUGGCAGUCGUUGCAGCAGCCCUCCGGAGACGCUGUAGAGGCGCUUCGUGCUGCAAUCGAAGGCAGUGUGCAUGAUCCCGCUGACGCUGACGAGACCAAGACGGACGUUGCAGACGUGGAAGGAAGCGAAGAGCCUCAGCCUCGGGCUCUCGAAGCCGAGGCUUCACCGGAGGUGAAGCCGAGCUCUGAAGAGGUCACGUCCAAAGAUGCCGAACCUCAAGCGGCCGAGCCUCAAGCGGGGAGCCAUGAGAAGGCGAUAGAGGCACAACCUCAAGCAAUGGACACAGGUGCACAUAAGCUCUUUCCCGCUCGGAUAGAUGAAUACCUUGCCCUCAUUGCACAGGAGCUGCGGCGCAUUUGGACAGAGGUUCUUCCCACGGUUCAAGCAGAAAGUCUACCUUUGAUUGUUCGGGAGCUGGACGCCAAGCAUGGUUACAUCACAGCUGACCCAGCGCAGCCCACACAAACCACCCAGGCCUGCAUUCUUCUGGACGUUUUCCAGGCGAAAGCUACGAACAAUGCAGCUCCAGCGUUGCAGCUAGAUGUUGGCUCGUUGGCAGGACCGCAUGCGGUCUGCAAUUUCCGCGCAUUCUGGGCAAAGGGGCGAGGAUCAGCACUCGACUGGGUCCCGAAAGAGCUGCGACUCUGUGAUUUGUACCAUGUCCUGCUCAUUGAGGAUGAAUACAUCCUUGACAGCUUUGCGCGGGCUCCGCCAGUUUGCCGUAUCUUCCCAGUAGACCCGCAUGAGGCUGCAGAGUUGCCUUUCGUGCGACUGCCAUGGGCACCUGGCGAGCCCCUGCCAGACCUCAGUGGCAUAGUGUCCUUUCACGCUUACAGUGUCUAUUCUGCAGAAGCGCAAUGGAACCCGCAAAGAUGGCUGCAG